AUGGCUCUCCCUGGGGAAGACCCCCUUAUGUUCUUGUUUUCCCACCUUCUGAUUUCUGUGGACUUUCACUCCUUCCCGGAGCCAGUGAUCAGACACCAUUUCACCUGUGACCAACAGGUGCACUCUCUGAGGCCCCAAGGGAAGGGGCUGCGCUCCACCUCCCUGCCCCGGUUGUUCUGUGUAUGCCCCUACAAGAAUACUCACCUCUUGCUUUCAGGUGGCAUUUUUCAACUCCGCUGGAACCAGUGCCCAGGAGGAGCAAAGGAUGUGCUGCCAGCGCCUGGCUCACCCAGUGGCCUUGUCCCAGAAGGAGCCAGAGGCAGCGGCCCCAGCCCGUGGACUAGGGGUGAGUCUGUGUGUGGGGAGACCCACUGGGCCCUGCAUGGGGCCAUGGAGAAGCUGCAGAGCAGCUUUAUGGACCUCCUGAAGGAGAAGGUGGACCUGACGGAGCGGGUGGAGAAACUAAAACUUCAGUUCUUCCACCUCUCGGGAAAGACAGACACCAUGAGAAAGUACAUCACCCCAUAUGGGAGCCAGAGGGCAGUGCCAAAGAUGCAGCACCGGGAGGAGGACAUAAUCAGGCUGGCCCAGGACCAGGAGGAGAUGAAGAUCUUUGUGAGGUGAGCCUCACUGACAGAGUGGAGCCUGCACGAGAAGAGGCCAGGGAGGGUUCUUCCCACGACAACCCCACUGCACAGCAGAUUGUGCAGCUGCUUCCUGUAAUGCAGGACUCCCCAGCAGCACCCAGGCUUGGGCAGCAAUCUCUGUAAGCCAUUCUUUUUGGGCUGCCGAGAACAGGCAGAUAAACACCACCAUCAUCUAAGAGCUGGUCAAGAAAUUAAAAAAAAAAAAAAAGUUAAGGGGUUAAUCUCCUACACAAUUCAUUUACUUCAUUUGAAUGUUAGAGCCACUCAUGUUUAUUUGUGUUUCUAAUUUAUAGUUUAAAUUUUAUUUGUAAAAAGUUAAAGGAGAGCGGGUCUUUCCCUCAUGUUCACUCUGGCAUCCUUUAGCAUUUAUUUUUUAAUUUGAUAAUUAUAGGACGUUAGCAUGCAUAUCAAGUUUGCCCUUAUGUGGUGGGAGUUCAAACACACAGAGACCCACUAUUUGCACAAAACUAUUCUUCCUGGCUUGGAAUAGGCUGCCCUACUUUUUUAAUGUUAUUGCAACAUGUAUAUUUAUUAUGGAAUUCAGAUAAAAUUUGCUUAUGUUCUGCUAUUAUGUUUAAUCGAAUCCUAAUCACAGUGAGCUCCUCAUUAGCUCAAUAUGUGGUUUGCCCUCAAGUGCACAGUUUAUUACUUUGUCAUAUGCCACUGUGAGUACUAACAUUUACAGUUGUUUAAAGGCGGAGCACUGGAAACAGCCUUUCCCCCUUUUUCUGUGUAUUGGGGAUGGGAGUAAUAACAUUUUGGGAAGCUUUUUAAAUCUCCCAGAAGAGGAAAGUGGCCUGCUCUGGCCCGUAUGUGCAGGAUAGAGUGUGUUUUGUUUGUUUUGGUGCCAAGAAUGAGCUCUGUACUAUGGUAGUUCCCUUAGGAUUUGUAUGUGCUCUGGGCUCAUGAAGAUAUUGCAUCAUGAGCUGUGGCAGUUGUAUUCUUUUUUGAUGAUCUAAAAAGGGAUUAUUUCUGAGGAAUGAAAGCCUCCCAUCAUUGAUUGUGGAUGUGGAAAACCUUUCCUAGCUUAGAGCAUUUAUAUCUAUAACACAUUUUAAAGUCAGAGUUCAUGUUCCCUGUUUUAAUCACAUGACUUCCUGUCCCAGCACACAAAAGGGCACUGGUUGGCAUUCUUCUUAAUGUAUUUAGUAAAGAUCAGAAGAUAUCCUUUAAGAGUUUAAAUGUCCCUGGAACAAGCAUACAGGCCCUAGUCAAGAAUGAAUUUGAGUGAAGGAAAGCUGUGUGACACCUGGCAUUCCUCUAUGUUCACGGAGCUUAUUUGAGGCUAGAAGAUUAAUUUUACCAUCUAGACCUCUCUGGCUAAUACCUAGUCUUCAACCACAUUGGCUAC